AUGUCGGAAGGCGACCUCCAGGUGCUUAUUGAUGUACCACCUUCGGACCUGGCAGAGGAACUUGAACAAAGUCAAACUCAAGUCCAAGCUUUGCAGGACACCCUGCAGCAGGUGCUGGACCGGCGAGAAGAAGAACGCCAGUCGAGGCAGCUCCUGGAACUCUACCUACAGGCCUUGAAAAAGGAGGAGAGUAUCCUCAGCAAAGUAGCAGAAUCUGAGACUGAACCAAGAAAGGAGAUGGAUGUGGUUGACACAGGUACCAGCAGUACAGGCGUUUUGGCCAAAACGGCACUCAGUGACCAGACCCUUGCUGCCCUGAAAGGGAAACCUGCCCCAGAACUCUGCUUGGACAGUCAAGACCUAGAGCUGGUUGUCAAGGAAGACACAGAAGCCCUGGCCUCGUCGCUAAGCUGGGACAAGCAGAAAGCUGAAGCUCUGCAGCAAGCCUGUGAUCAGGAGCUCUCUAAGCGGCUACAACAAGUGCAGACUCUGCAUUCCCUUAGGAGUGUAUCAAAGGGCAAGAAAACACUCCCUUGGGGAGACUGGCCUAGUUCAAAACGCAAAAAAUAGGCUGUGCAGCCCUGCUUCGAGUGUCGAGGAAAUAAAAGUCCCUCUGGCAUUAGGACCAACACAAGCAAGUUAUGUCCUGGGAACCACAGUUUGCUGGUCAUACUGUAGUCUGGCUGUAGACAACUAAAAUCUGGACAUUGUCCUGAGGCUUAAACUCCUAUGAUGACUCAAAUCAUGUGUAACCAAAGGGAUUCUAACUUUUUUGCAGAAUACUAGAACAAUGGUAUUGCUAAGCAUAGCAAGCAAAAGUUCAGCUCUGAAUACGUGGUUGUGAGCCAGAAACUUCCCUCUGAUAAUGCUGGAUCUAUCUGCCGAAGCCUCAGGCAAUUUGCCAACCUUGUCU